UAUUACUUUCCGCUCUAUAUAACAAAGCUGCUCUUGCUUAAUACUUCCAUUGCUCUCACUUCUUUUUUCCAUUCAUUAAUUUUCUUUUCAGUGCAAAUAAAAGUCAAUAGGAAAUUGAGUUUCCAGUGAUGGGUUCUGACGACCUCUCUCCUCUGAUUGUCAAAGGCAAGCGCACCAAGCGCCAACGAUCCUCUUCUCCAUACGGUGUCACCGCCAUGACUGAUAGCUCUUCCAGUGGUUGCGUUGGCGGAGAAAGAUCAGAAAGAGAAAGAGGAGUUGUUGUUGUUGAUGAUUUUUGUAACUCCGUAUCUUCCCCGACAACAUCCGGGGAAAUUUAUGAGUCCACCGAAGAAGAAGAAGACAUGGCUAAUUGUCUGAUCAUGUUAGCUCAAGGUGAUGCUCCAAGGCAGAGUCAACAACAACAAAAUGGUAAUAAGAUCAAUGAAAAGUUUAUUUCUUCCAACAAGGUGGGUUUUUAUAUGUAUGAGUGUAAAACCUGCAACCGAUCUUUCCCCUCGUUUCAAGCGCUGGGUGGUCACAGGGCGAGCCACAAGAAGCCGAAGGCGAUAAUAGAGGAGAAAAAAUCAUCAGUUAUUGUGGAAGAAGUAAAGGGUGUUGCAGUUGAAAAAAGUGGGCAAUUUAAUAAAAGCAGUAGUAGUCCUCCUCUUGUUUCUUUGGCCAACAGUAAGGCCAACAAAAUUCAUGAGUGUUCAAUUUGUGGCUCAGAGUUUACAUCCGGCCAAGCCCUCGGCGGUCACAUGAGACGGCAUAGAGCUGCUGCGGCUGCUGCAACAGUGAGAGGUGGCGGUAAUUCAGAAGCUAUCUGUAAUAAUGAAUCCAACAGCAGUGAUCAUCAAAAGCCUCAACCUCCCACCAGAAAUAUUCUACAGUUGGAUCUUAAUCUUCCCGCACCACCGGAAGAUCUUGAUCAUCAUCAUCAUCAUCUCCAUGAUUCUAAGUUCCAGUUUGGAUCAACUCAACAAGCUCUUGUCUUCUCCGGCCCAGCUCUGGUUCAUUGCCACUACUAAACCCCCCAAAAAAUAAAUCCAAAAACAAUCCAUAUGUGAAUUAUUUUUACAUCAUUGUUACAAUUUGAUAUUAAAUCUUGAUACAAUUAUCAAUUCUUUGGAUUAUUAUUAUGAUUAUUUGAUGAUCUAUUAGUAUAAGUGGUGAGUGUUGAUGGUUGCCUUCGAUUCACGAAAAGUGGUCAUUUGGCAUAGCGAGAAGGAGCACCACAACUAAAAGUGGUGGAUUAGGUUUAUUCUUUGUGUGUUUUGGAUACAAAGACUUUUCUUACUUGCUCUUUCACAUACUCAUUUGUGUCUUUCAUGAAACGACAAAGAAUAAAUGGAUAGCAAAGCUUAGUUGGUCACUGCUCA